AUGUUGAUCAUACAUAUUGCUGUUCUGCUGUUAUGGAGCAGUAUAUUAUCCACUGUGACCACAGCCAAGUUGGAUGAACGCUCUCCGGCGGUUAGCCCAAGCAGUGACGGUGUUUGCUACACAUAUACUAUCCAGGCUGGCGACAGUUGUGCCAGUGUUGCUCAAAAGUAUGAAAUUACCACUGAUCAGAUCGAGACAGUCAAUGCCCAGACCUGGGGAUGGUCAGGCUGUAAAAAGUUUCACCAAGGCAGUUUCAUAUGUUUAAGCGCAGGGGAGCCUCCAAUGCCAGUGUCGCUACCACAUGCCGUUUGUGGUCCUCAGGUUCCCGGAACUGCACGUCCUUUAAAGUAUUCAGAUCUCAGAGAACUGAAUUUGUGUCCAAAAAGUCAAUGUUGUUCCAAUGCGGGAAAAUGUGGCACUACCUCUGAUUUCUGUAGCCAGGCAAGUGGAUGCAUUUCCAAUUGCAAUGCAGACUCCAGCGUCGCUUUCACAAGUGAAAGUGACAAAUCAUCUACGGAAACCUCGGCGACUACUAUGAAAGAGGUGUCAUCUGCGAUAACCACAACAUCGAUCAAAUCUAUGACAACCACAACAUCGACCAAAUCGACGACAACCACAACAUCGACUCAAUCUACGACAACCACAACAUCGACUAAAUCGACGACAACAGAAUCCACCGAGACUAUAAUGACAGAAUCGAUAGAGCAGACAGCAUCCGCGGAGACUGCAAAAUGGCAAAUUGCUAUGUACAGUGAGAGUGGUUGCAAAGGCGACUACUAUCUACUCCAGGGACACAACACAGUGGGCGGUGCCCAGUGUGUAAGUCUGCAUGGAAGGUUGAGUACCAGUGUCACCGAUACUGGUAUUUCGUGCCGGUGGUGGACCGAUGGUGGAUUCUCGUGGACCGAUUGUGAUUCCAGUAGCCUCAAGCAGCCAAAGUCUUGGUAUAUCACAAAUGGUGAAUGCUGGGUUUACCCGACUGAUCAAUGUGUCCAGAAAGAUUACUCAGGGGAAAUUUAUCGCGCAAGGAUAGGUUGCCAAGAUAUACACACGUCUGCAUUGGAGCCAUAUGGCGAGUUCGGGGGAUUGAAAUGCUCGCGUAUGGUACCGGAAUGA